CUCGACCGGAAUCAAAGACGAUAACUUCCUAUAAUAUCAAACUCCGCAGAUAAUCAACAGCAAUCUUGAUCUCCUUCCGCCUUCACUCUGUUUCCAUGACCGAGCAAGUGACGCAUGUAAACACAAACCCAACCACUUUCACAGAGAACAUCGUCCCGGGCCAGGCUCGGUGUGUAGACACAAGUACCCGGGGAGAACACGGGACCAGAUGUGUGUCCUGAGCUUAUGAAGUUGGCCCGAAUCCAGGCUCCCCAGGAGCCGACCUCUGGAAGGAGACCAGUCCGGGAGCGAAGCGGCACCGGGCCCUACAGCAUGUCAGUGUUCAUCAUUUUCUUGUGUCUCUCGGCCACCGCUGGCGAAGACUCUACUGCUAUCACUACAUCCAGCGACCAAUCAGAGCUCCUUUGUCAUGACUGGGGGGUGAGCGUGGAUGCGGUGCGUGUUAUAAACGGAGAAGCUGGUUGGCUGUUCUGUCCCCUUUUCUCCCACUCGCUCUACAACUACAGCUCCGCCCACAGCAGUGGUCUCUCCCUCUUCUGGUACCACCUCCCCCCUGAGCAGGACCUGGAACGUCCAAUCAAAUACAGCCAGAGGGUGAGUAAGGAUAGAGAAAGACUGUGGUUUCAACCAGCCAACGAAAACGACACCGGACAGUACAUCUGCACGUUACGGAACAGGACAUCCUGCACAAAGAUAGCCAUGUCUCUAGGGGUGGUGUCGAGUGGGACUGACUGUCCGCAUCUGGUUGCCAUGGUGCCCCUUAAGGUGUUCAUCCCGGUCCAGGAGGGGAAGAGACUGAGUUGCCCGGGCCUCGAGCACGCCGCCAAGAUGGCCGACAGUGCCCCCUCGGUCACCUGGUACUAUAACUGCACCAAGUACCCGUUCUGGGACAACCAUCGCGAGGUGCAGGGGAACGAACUGAUUGUGUACCAGAUGGGGCGGAUGUACGAGGGGCUCUACUACUGCCGGGUUAGCUACACCCGCAAAAGCCUCCCACUCAAGUUCACCAGGUCCCUCAACGUCACCGCCGUCUCCUCCAGUUUUACUUCCAAGGUGCCGGUCAUUCUGAUCCCAAACAAAGAACGCAAGUUCCCCGUCAGACUGGGGCGGGAGGCUAAGCUGGUGUGCCGGGUGACAUUCCCCUUCCUGGAGAACAGUCCCCGGGCCAUCUGGUGGACCGUGGACGGGAAAACCCUGGACUCGCUGACCCACACCCGCUUCUCCGAGACCAACCGUCGGGUAGAGGAGGAGGCCUAUGGGGAUCAGACGGUGGUGAGAGAGCUGCUGGUGACGGAGUUGCAGAGAGAGGACCUGAUGAAAGAGUUCAACUGCUCUGUGAAGAACGACAACGGCUCCUCCACCAAGAGAGCCCAGCUCCAAGAGGAGGCCUACUCCCCCUCGGUAGAGCUGGGUUGUGGUCUGGGGGGCACUCUGCUGCUGAUGCUGGUCCUCUUCCUGGUCUACCACGUGUUCUGGCUGGAACUCCUGCUGCUCUACCGUUCCUGGUUUGGAACAGACGAGCGCUACACAGAUGAGAAGGAGUUUGACGUGUACAUCUCGUAUGUGCGUGACGGCGAGGAGGAGCAGUUUGCUGUGAGCACGCUGCGCCACGUCCUGGAGAAUCACCUGGGCUACUCGGUCUGCAUCUUCGACCGCGACAGCCUUCCAGGCGGGACCAUCACCGAUGAGACGCUGAGCUUUGUGGGUCGCAGUCGUCGCCUGCUGGUGGUGCUGAGCCCGGGCUUCGCCUCGCGGGGGACCCAGGCCCUGCUGGAGCUCAAGGCCGGACUCGACCACAUGGCGCUGGGGGGACACCUGCGGGUCAUCCUGGUGCAGUACCGGCCCCUGAAGGGGCAGGCCUGGGUGAAGGAGCUGCGGCGUGCUCGGGGGGUGCUGGCCGUGCUCCGCUGGAAGGGGGACAAGUCCAAGGAGCUCACCUCCCACUUCUGGAAGCGUCUGCGUCUGGAGCUACCCCUGCAGAAGAGAAAGGACUCUGAGCUGGGGACUGCCAGGACCUAUCAGAGCCAGAGUAGCACCAGCUCCCAGACCGGUCUGCUCAGCCCCGGGGGGCUGGCUGUCCACAAGGCUCAGUACAGUGGAGGGAAGCUGUAGCCCCCCCCCCCCCCCCACCAUGACGUCAUGACGUUCACCUCCCCUCACAGCUGGAGCCCCCCCACCAUGACGUCAACACGUUCACCUCCCCUCACAGCUGGAGCCCCCCCACCAUGACGUCAACACGUUCACCUCCCCUCACAGCUGGAGCCCCCUCACCAUGACGUCAACACGUUCACCUCCCCUCACAGCUGGAGCCCCCUCACCAUGACGUCAACACGUUCACCUCCCCUCACAGCUGGAGCCCCCCCACCAUGACAUCAUCACAUUCAACUUGUCCUGUGCCAUCAAACCUCCUGUUGGAUGUAUUUUAUAUAGAUUGAGUAUUGAGAUGAGUUUCGAGAUGAGUAUUGAGAUGAGUAUUGAGAUGAGUAUUGAGAUGAGUAUUGAGCCGAGUAUUGAGCCGAGUAAUAAGCUUAGAGUGUUCUAGUACUAAACACAUCAUGUACCAAACGACAUUUACAUCCACUUGAAUAGUGGACUCCAUCAAUGAUGGUGCGAUGACUUCCGUUUAAUGUAAAUGUAUUUUUAUGGAGUUAACGUUGAAGAAUAUGUCUUCUCUGUGAGCCAAGCCGUUAUAUGUUUUUAUCCAGCAAUUCUUGAAAUAUAUUUUUUAUACAACAAGCAUGUUUUAAACUGAAGGUGGGAAACACAUUCACCUCUUCUAGAGUGAGGCGCUCUUUGACACAUGUGGUAUGACGGCAGGGGAGUUACCCCAGGGUUGGUUCAUUCAGUACCGGUACCCAGUACUGCUUAGAAGCUAGUAGCGGUACCCAGUAGCAAUUAUCUAGUACUGGAUGGCCAAACCAGAGAGACCCCAGAGGUAAAUGAACAAAACCCACUGCUGCUAUCUGAGGUUUUUGUCUUGAAGCAUACAUAAUUUAUUCGAAAGGCUCCGGCUAAGAGAAUUGUGUAGUAUUAUCAUGCUAUUUUUGAAUAUAUGUUUGCUUCAAAUUAUAUUUUUUGAUGUAAUUUACGUUGUCCAUUCUUCCAAAUACAUCUUAUUUUGCUAUA